AUGACCUCUGUACAUGUAGCUCCUCCAUCAGGUCUAAGAGAUCCUAGUCGGAAAAAUGUUGGUUUGGAUAGGCUUCCAGAUGAGAUGAAUGAGAUGAAGCUCAAGGAUGAGAAGGAUAUGGAACCAGCUGUUGUGGAUGGUAAUGGAACAGAAACUGGUCAUAUAAUUGUGACAACAAUUGGUGGAAAAAAUGGCCAGCCAAAACAGACAAUCAGCUACAUGGCCGAGCGUGUUGUGGGGCAGGGUUCCUUUGGUGUAGUGUUUCAGGCAAAAUGUCUAGAAACCGGUGAAACUGUUGCUAUCAAAAAGGUUCUUCAGGAUAAGAGGUACAAAAACCGUGAGCUGCAAACCAUGCGCUUACUAGACCACCCAAAUGUUGUGUCUUUAAAACACUGUUUCUUCUCGACGACUGAAAAGGACGAGCUUUUCCUUAACUUGGUGUUGGAGUAUGUUCCGGAGACUGUUCAUCGGGUGAUUAGACAUUAUAACAAAAUGAACCAGAGGAUGCCAAUAAUAUAUGUGAAACUUUAUGCUUAUCAGAUUUUUCGAGCUCUAGCAUAUAUCCAUGGUAGUAUUGGCGUAUGCCACAGGGACAUCAAACCACAAAACCUAUUGGUUAAUCCACAUACUCACCAGGUCAAACUAUGUGAUUUUGGGAGCGCUAAAGUGUUGGUGAAAGGAGAACCAAACAUUUCGUAUAUAUGUUCAAGGUACUAUCGUGCUCCUGAACUGAUAUUUGGUGCUACAGAGUACACUACGGCCAUUGAUAUCUGGUCGGUUGGGUGUGUUCUUGCUGAACUAUUGCUUGGACAGCCCCUAUUUCCAGGUGAGAGUGGAGUUGACCAGCUUGUCGAGAUAAUUAAGGUUCUUGGCACACCAACAAGAGAGGAGAUCAAAUGUAUGAACCCUAAUUACACUGAGUUCAAGUUUCCCCAAAUAAAAGCUCAUCCAUGGCAUAAGAUAUUCCACAAGCGCACGCCAGCAGAAGCUGUUGAUCUCGUUUCAAGGCUACUUCAGUACUCUCCAAAUCUGCGUUGCACUGCGCUGGAGGCAAUGAUCCACCCUUUCUUUGACGAGUUGCGUGACCCGAAUGUUCGGCUACCAAAUGGGCGAUUUAUUCCACCUCUAUUCAAUUUCAAACCACAUGAGCUAAAAGGAGUGCCGGUCGAGUUGCUGGGCAAGCUGAUCCCCGAGCAUGCAAGAAAGCAAUGUUCAUUACUUGGACUGUGA